AUGGCGUCCACCACCGAUGCCCACGACGAGUUUAACCACCAAAUCGCUAUAAAGCUAUCUAGAGCUCUCAAUACCCUCAAUCCGAACGACCUGCUUGCCCAAAGAGUGACGGACAUUGCAAAAACCAAUACUUUAGAAGGAUUCACAAAAGCUGCAAGCACCUUUGGCAAGUUCAAAGAUUCAUUUCUGGCAGAGCUCUAUGCCGACAUUUUGUCGCAUGCGAAGCAGGAAGCGACAGGCGUUGUUCCACAGCCAGUUGCAGGCAUAACUGUGCACGAUAGUGAUGUUUUGGAACCUGAGCCAGUUAGACAAGGUGGUCUCAUGCAAAAGGAUGUGCGGCAUACGUUCCGUCAACCAGCGAAACCAUUGGAACCGCCCACACCCAGAACUUCCCUACUAGGCCUCGACCGUCUUGCGAAAGAGAAACGGGCUGCUAAUAUUGGCUACGACGAUGGGAGUAGGAAGAAGGCCCGGUAUGACGACGAAGCUGUCUUUAAAGUGCCUAGCUUACCGGCGCGCAACUCUAAUAUAAGGCAGCGAGGCGAAGAAACUCCUUCUCAUCCGGGCGGGUUGUCCGAAACUGGUCGUCAGAGGUUGGAAGAAUAUCGAAGGAACAGAGACAAGCAAAGAGAGGGUAUUACUGCAUCGCAAGGGCAUCGUUCUGACGCACCAAAGGGCUUGGGCGAUUUUCAGCGCCGGUCUAACAGGGACCGCGACCGAGGAUGGGGCGGCAAGAGAGAUUACGAUGCUAACCGUGACCGAGAUCGAGAUCGUGGUAGACGCGACUGGGACUCGACUCCAAAAUCUGUUCGUGGAUCCAGCGACGCUCCCAGUGUUCGCGUCCCCAAUGUCAGCUGGGAAUCUACACCACGCAAUUAUCGAGGGGAGGAUAGCUCAGGACGGGGCGGCAGCCGUAACAGACGGUGGGAUGCCCCGACGCCUAGAGCGGCUAGAGACGAUAGCCCCGAGGGCGAUGGCGCGUUGGGGCUUGACGCACAUGAGUGGGAAGAAGAACAGGUUAGACUAGAUCGGGAUUGGUACACAGGCGCAGAAGAAGGCGGGAUUGCUGGUGACGAAGAGCAUAAUCCUUUAGCUCAAUAUGAGGAUCUCAACAUUCUUAAACAGGCGGAAAUUGCCACCAAACAGGUGAAAAAAAUAUCCGCCAGACAAGCUCAAUAUAAUGCCGAUAACGAUCUUUGGGAAGCAAAUCGAAUGCUUACUUCUGGUGUCGCCACUCGCAGGACGGUUGACUUAGAUUUUGAAGACGAGUCCGAGUCGACUGUUCACGUCAUGGUCCAUGACCUUAAACCACCCUUCCUGGACGGUCGUACCGUGUUUACCAAGCAGCUUGAUCCCAUCAAUCCUAUCCGCGACCCUACGAGUGACAUAGCCAUUUUUUCUAAGAAAGGUAGUGCGUUAGUGAAGGAAAAGAGGGAGCAAGCCGAACGUGCCAAAGCCGCCGCAAAGUUGGCGGCUCUCGGCGGUACCUCUUUAGGAAACAUCAUGGGCGUGAAAGAUGAGGAAGCUGAAGCAGAAGCUGAAGCAGAACGGCAAGAGAAGGAAAACAAAGGCGAGAAGGAGAACUACAAGGGCGAUUCUAAGUUCGCAACUCAUCUGAAGGCUUCCUCCGGUGUCAGCACCUUCGCCAAGUCAAGAACGCUUAAGGAACAACGAGAGUAUCUCCCAGCUUUUGCUUGCCGUGAGGAUCUUAUGAAGAUCCUACGAGAGAAUCAAGUUGUCAUCGUCGUGGGCGAAACCGGAUCAGGAAAAACGACACAGCUGGCACAAUUCUUGUAUGAAGAUGGUUACUGUGCCCACGGUCUUGUUGGUUGCACCCAACCUCGGCGUGUGGCUGCAAUGUCUGUCGCCAAGCGUGUCAGUGAAGAAAUGGAGUGCAAACUAGGUUCUACAGUUGGAUAUGCGAUACGUUUCGAAGAUUGUACAUCCUCUGAAACGAAGAUAAAAUAUAUGACAGAUGGUGUCCUCCUCCGUGAAUCUCUGAACGAGGGCGACCUUGACCGGUAUAGCGUCAUAAUUCUUGAUGAGGCGCACGAACGGUCCCUCAGUACUGAUGUUUUAAUGGGUCUUCUACGGAAAAUCCUUUCACGUCGCAGGGACUUGAAACUUAUUGUCACCUCUGCUACUAUGAAUGCCGACAAGUUUUCCACGUUCUACGGGAAUGCCCCCACUUUCACCAUUCCAGGCCGUACAUUCCCUGUGGAGAUUUUCCACGCUAAAUCUCCCUGUGAAGACUAUGUCGACAGUGCAGUCAAGCAAGUACUACAGAUACACCUUUCGCUUCCGCCUGGCGAUAUCUUGGUGUUCAUGACUGGUCAGGAGGAUAUCGAGAUUACCUGCCAAGUGGUCCAAGAGCGUCUGGAUCAACUGGAUGACCCAGCACCGCUGGCCGUUCUGCCUAUAUACUCUCAGAUGCCUGCUGAUCUCCAAGCAAAGAUUUUCGAGGCAACCAGUGAUGGACGGCGCAAAGUUAUCGUCGCUACCAACAUCGCUGAGACGUCUCUGACAGGUCUCUUCUGCUAUCGGCUGUACACUGAAAUGGCUUUCCGCAAUGAGCUUUUUGAGAAUACCAUUCCUGAAAUUCAGCGAACAAACCUGGCGAAUACAGUUUUGCUACUGAAAUCUCUUGGGGUUAAGAAUCUCCUAGAAUUCGAUUUCAUGGAUCCGCCCCCUCAGGCUAACAUUUUGAACUCGAUGUAUCAACUAUGGGUUCUUGGCGCCCUUGACAACGUUGGGGACCUGACACCUGUGGGGCGAAAGAUGUCCGAGUUCCCAAUGGAGCCUUCCAUGGCUAAAAUGCUUAUUGCCUCUGUUGAGUAUAAAUGCUCAGCCGAGAUGUUAACCAUCGUGUCAAUGUUGUCUGUUCCUAGCGUUUUCUAUCGCCCCAAGGAAAGAAUGGAAGAGGCCGAUGCAGCCAGGGAAAAGUUCAACGUUCCAGAAAGCGAUCAUUUAACCCUACUAAAUGUUUUCAACCAAUGGAAGAGUCAUGGGUACCGGGACGAUUGGGCAAUGCGUCAUUUUCUUCACCCGAAACUACUACGUAAAGCUCGUGAAGUCCGGGUACAGCUAGAGGACAUCAUGAAAUUCCAGAAGAUGGAGCUAAUAUCGGCUGGGACAGACUUUGACAUCGUUCGGAAAGCGAUAACGGCAGGCUACUUCCACCAAGCAGCACGAGUGAAGGGAAUUGGUGAAUUCGUCAAUAUCCGUUCAGGUUUGCCUACGCAUCUUCAUCCCACCAGCGCUCUGUAUGGACUUGGUUAUACGCCGACAUACGUCGUUUAUCACGAACUGAUUUUGACAUCGAAAGAGUACAUGACACAAGUAACAUCCAUCGACGCAUAUUGGCUUGCGGAAUUGGGCUCUGUCUUUUACUCUGUCAAAGAGAAAAACUUUGACGAGCGCGGUAACCGUAGGCAGGCUGACCGAGAAUUUUCCAAGAGGGCCGAGUUGGAGACAGAGAUGGCGAGACAACGGGAAGAGAGUGCCAAGAAGGCUGCAGAAGAGGCGUUAGCGGUCAAGACUUCAAAAGGGAGCAGCUCCAAAAUCAUUGUUCCCGGAACGCCCCGACAUUCUGGUAUUGGUGCUGCGUCUCGUGUUAUGCAGACACCGAGGAGGAGAGUGGGGAUAUAG